CGCUCGGGGCGUGUCGCGUCUGGUUUCAUUUCCGAAACAAUGAACGAUUUUAUCAAUGACCGAUGUAUGUAUGUAGGUAAAUAUUCGUAAUGACUGGCCAUGGCGGUAUGUUAACGAGGAGACUGCUCAUUGUGGUUUGGAAUCGUGUUCAAACUAAACCUUCUACACACCCGUAACCUCAUUGCGUAAUUAGUUUAAUCAAAAUGCAAAUGUGAAUUACUUUGUGGUGAAAAAUUCGGACGUUGCAAACAUUGAGAGAUUUUUAUCUAAUGGUUUUUUAAUGUUUUUAAUUAUCUCAUUGAUUUCAUUAAUACAUUUUUUUGUUAACACGAUAAGAGCAUAUUAAUCUGUUUCGAUAUUUGAUAGCCAAUGUAUUUUAAACUAAAUCAAUGAUUGAUUCGUGGCCGUAGUGGCGUAUUGAUUAAUUAUUAAUAUUAUUAUGUAUCCGUACCGUUUUAUGGUAAAACAAAAAAUAUUUAAAUUCGUUGUCGUGGUUUGCAUGUGUGUGUUUAUAUUAUUUGUGUAUAGUUACAAAAUAAGUGAUGUUUAUGGUCAAUUAGAGAAGUCGUUCAACAAGGAUUUAAAAGAAUUAGAAGAAAAUAAUCACAAAUCUAUUGUUGAACAAUAUUAUAGCCAACGAAAGAAUCUGAAAACAUCUAAUUUAGGGGCGAUAUUAUUCAAAAAUAAUAACCCGACGAACGAAAUAAAGAAGAAAACUUUUGUUAUAUUAAUAUGGAAACAAUGGGAAUGGUUAAAGAAUCGCCACGUUUACAACUUCGGCACAACAGAAAACGAUCCGCUAGAUGGAUGCAGCGUGAAAAAUUGCAAGUUCACAGGAGAUGAUAAAUCGUUACCGUCCGCGGACGCUGUUGUAGUGCAUUUACAACGUGGUCUGAUCCCAGAUACGAGGAACAGAAAUCCACGUCAAAGAUGGAUAUUUUUAAAUGAUGAAUCGCCAUUGCAUUCGUUUUCUUUGGCGAAAAAUCCACCGAAAAUAUCAGAUCUCUAUAAUGUAUUCAAUUGGUCUAUGACUUACAGAACUGAUGCAGAUGUGCCCGUGCCGUAUGGGCGUACGUUACCCCUCCCAGAAGCGAUCUAUGCUCAUGCGACAUCUGAAAACAUUAAGGAACUGAUACCAUAUUGGAAGAAGAAAAGACGUGAUGCACUAGCCGCUAUACUUAUAUCUAAUUGUGCUUCAACAUAUCGAAUGACAUUUUUGAAUGAACUGAAGAAAUAUAUGCAUGUAGAUGUACAUGGAAAAUGUGGUGAUAAAGAGCUCGUUAAAAGUUGCCCCGGACAUUAUAAAUCCGACUGUAAAGUAAUGACAGAAUACUUAUUCUAUUUGGUAUUGGAAAACUCUUUAUGCCAUGAAUAUAUUACCGAGAAAGUGUUCCACCAAGCGUAUGCUAAAGGUUCCAUACCUGUUAUCUUAGGCCCGCCGUUAGAAGACUGUGAGAGAUUAUUACCACCGAAUUCAUUUUUACACGUUGAUAAUUUCAAAUCACCAGAAGAUUUGGCUAAUGAAUUGAUAGCUUUAAGUAAAAAUGAUGAAAACCUGGUCAAUUAUCAUAUAUGGAGGAAUGAUUUUGUUGAAAACGAACAUGGAUAUUUUGGCACCAAAUCGUAUCACCUUUGCAGGUUGUGCGAAGCUAUGAACUACAACGACGAAUCGGAAUCAGUGUACGAUGAAACACGAACAAAAUCGUUUUUCGACCCGAAGCAAACUUGUAAACAAUGAAAUUUACUUAUAAACAAAUAUGUAAUUAUAAAAUUGACUGCUACGUGUAGGUA